AACCAGGAUGUCCGUUUUACUGUAACUCUCUCUUUUCCGAAAAUCAUCUCCCUCUCCCAAAUCCCGAUAUUUCUCUCUGGGCAGGAAACUAAUAAAGCUUCAAAGAUCUUUUAUUUUCCCAACAAUCUGCUUCACACCUAUUCUAUUAUUUGAUUCCUGAGGUGUAGGUCGAGGUGUACAUGGCUUCUAAAGAUGUUGUACGCUUGAUAGAGGCAUCAUCAGGAGUACAUUUUUCAGGAUUCCAUUUGAAUGGUUCGCAUAAUUCAGAGGUGGAGCAACCUACAACUUCAACAACUGAAUGUGUGCAAAGGCAGCCAUUUGUAAUAGGAGUUGCUGGUGGUGCAGCAUCUGGAAAGACCACUGUCUGUGAUUUGAUUAUUGAGCAGCUUCAUGAUCAGCGUGUGGUCCUUGUCAACCAGGAUUCUUUUUAUCAUAAUCUGAGUGAAGAGGAACUAAAGCGAGUUCAGGACUACAACUUUGACCAUCCCGAUGCUUUCGAUACUGAAAAACUAAUUUCGACUAUGGAAAACCUGAAGGAUGGGAAGGCAGUUGAUAUACCCAAGUAUGACUUCAAGAGCUACAAAAACAAAACAUUGCAGUCUAGAAGGGUCAAUCCUUCAGAUGUGAUACUGUUGGAAGGGAUACUAAUUUUCCAUGAUUCUCGUGUCCGAGAAAUGAUGAACAUGAAGAUCUUUGUCGAUACAGAUGCUGAUGUACGGUUGGCAAGGCGGAUAAGACGGGAUACAGUAGAAAAAGGUAGAGAUAUUGGACAAGUACUUGAUCAGUACUCAAAAUUCGUGAAGCCUGCUUUUGAUGACUUUAUACUUCCAACAAAGAAAUAUGCAGAUAUUAUCAUUCCCCGUGGAGGAGAUAAUCAUGUUGCAAUUGAUCUGAUUGUUCAACAUAUUCGUACAAAACUCGGUCAACACGAUCUAUGUAAAAUAUACCCAAAUCUUUACGUCAUCCAAUCAACUUUUCAGAUACGAGGAAUGCACACAUUGAUACGUGAUGCUAAUAUAACAAAGCAUGACUUUGUUUUUUAUGCUGACCGUUUGAUCCGUCUGGUUGUUGAACAUGGCCUGGGUCAUCUUCCAUUCACCGAGAAGCAGGUGACAACUCCUACUGGAUCUGUAUAUACUGGUGUGGAUUUCUGUAAAAGGCUAUGCGGUGUCUCCGUAAUUAGAAGUGGUGAAAGUAUGGAAAAUGCUCUACGUGCAUGUUGUAAAGGCAUCAAGAUUGGAAAGAUUCUUAUUCACAGGGAAGGAGACAAUGGUCAGCAGGUUUGCAUCGAGCUGCUGAGUUUUUUCAUUUUGGUUCUUCCUCUCUAUUGUAACACUCGUGUUCUGAUUUACUUUGUCCCGCAGCAGCUUAUCUACGAGAAACUGCCAAAUGAUAUAUCAGAUAGGCAUGUACUCCUUUUGGAUCCUAUUCUUGGCACGGGAAAUUCGGCAGUUGAAGCUAUUUCAUUACUUAUACGGAAGGGUGUUCCAGAGCCCAACAUCAUAUUUCUUAAUCUUAUAUCUGCACCUCAAGGAGUGCAUGUAGUUUGCAAGAAAUUUCCUAGGAUUAAGAUAGUGACUUCGGAGAUUGAGACUGGUUUGAAUGAGGAAUACCGUGUCAUCCCGGGGAUGGGUGAGUUCGGAGACCGGUAUUUCGGGACAGAUAAUGAUGAUCAGGAAGUGAUAACCUAUAAAUAAGAGGCGUGGCCACUGAAUUUCAGUAGCAAAACCUUCUGGAUGAAAGAUUAUUAUUAUUCCCUGAGAGGAAAGAUUCAGAUAAAAUAAUAUCGGUCUUCCUUUUUUAUUGAGCGUUGAACAUUGUCUUCGUUCUGAAGUUAGUUUUGAUACUUCGAGUGAAAGUUUUUGUGUUUUCGAUAUCGAAGUAAGAAACUUUUUUCUAAUUUUGCUGUCAUGAUCUGUUGUAUCUUUAUAUUUCUGAGUCCAGUCUACACAUUAUGAUACCAAUACUUGUAGCUAGACAAACAUUUUGAACAGAUGAGUUCUACUCAAAUCAAUUAUUGAUAUAAUAUUUGAUUACCAUAUUCAUCAUA